UCCUAUUUUUUCCCCCACAAUAAUUCUCAAACUAGACAUUUUUUUCUCUUUCUUUCAUUAAUAAUGGACGAAGGAGGAUUAUUGGGGUUAACCCUUAAGAGAUCAUCAGAAAGCGUAGAGCUUUCCGAGGAAAACCUUAUCGAUGGCGGUGGCGGUGGCGGCAGUAUGUUCCGGCCGGUGGCGGAGGAUCAUGCAGCGGCGGCGGCCGCCUCAACGUCGGCUGUGUCUGACCAUAAACGGCCUGCAGCUCCGUUAAGUGAAGUUGACUUUUUCUCCGACAAGAAGCGGCUCGUCAAGAGAGAGAUCUUGAGCUCCGACGGCGGUUUUAACGACGUUAACACGGGUUUGGAGCUUGUGAUUAAUGCAACUAAUACCCGAAGCGAUCAAUCAACGGUUGACGAUGACAAUCUUCCAUCCGACAUGGAAGAAAUGCGUUCAACGAAUGAGGCACAGAUGAGAGCAUUAAAGUUAGAGCUGGAAAGGUUGAAUGAGGAGAACCAGAGAUUGAAAGGAAUGCUUUCACAAGCCAACAACUAUUAUGGAGCCCUUCAAAUGCAUCUCCUCUCCCUCUUACACAACCAAAAACAACAACAACAACAACAACAACAACAACAACAACAAAAUUUUGGAGAAGGCCAGAUUGGUGAUGGAUGUCAAUGGAGGAAAUAUGGACAGAAAAUGGCCAAGGGAAACCCUUCUCCCCGAGCUUACUAUAGAUGCACCAUGGCCUGCGGUUGUCCCGUUCGCAAACAAGUACAAAGGUGUGCUGAUGACAAUGCCAUCUUGGUCACAACCUAUGAAGGGACCCACAACCACCCGCUGCCCCCGGCGGCCGUGGCGAUGGCGUCCACCACCUCGGCCGCCGCGAGCAUGCUGCUCUCGGGUGCGAUGCCGAGUGCUGACGUGUUAAUGAUGAUGAACAGUCCUAACUUUUUGGGGAGGGCAAUUCUGCCCUGCCCUACGGGAGGGAGUGCGGCCGGUUUGGCAACAAUUUCAGCGUCUGCCCCUUUCCCCACCAUCACAUUGGACCUCGCUCACAAUAAUAAUAAUUACCCGAGACCCCCUACCACACAACUCCCUUUCUCAAACCCCCCUCAGAGUCUGCAUAAUUAUGCCUCCGCCCCUCACAAUUACUAUAUUUACAACCACUCCAAGUUUUCAGGGCUACAAACGUCGAAUUAUAAUGGUAAUUAUAGUAAUACUAGCACGCCUCCACACUUGCGUCACCCCAAUCCGUUUGCUCAUCAUCAUGACGUCAGCAGCCCCGCCGCCGUGGAUCCCAGCUUCACCGCCGCCCUGGCCGCGGCCAUCUCUACCUUCGUUAGCAGUCCGCAGACAAACUGCAGCGGCAAUGUCGUCAGUGCGGCCGCCGCAGCCGCUAACACCUCCGAAAGCAACCCGUCAGGGAACGGCCGGCCACAAGCCUAGCAGUUUUUCUUGGCUUGUUCUGCAUCUAUUAGUCCAAUUUAGUUUUUUUGAGUUGUAUUGGACAAACUUUAAUCAUAAAUUGCAUAAAAAAAGUGUAUUUCAUAUUAAUACAAUAAAAUAUUUUUAAAAAAAUUUUCUAUAAAAUAAGUCUAAUGAAACUAUUCUCAUAUU